AUGGCCAACCCGCUCCUCACGCCGUUCACUCUCCCGGAUGGCACGGAGCUCUCAAUGCGCAUCGUCUACGCGCCGCUGACUCGCGACCGCGCCCUCGGGACCAUCCCGCAGCCGAACGCCGCAAUUUACUACGGGCAGCGCGCGCACAAGGGCGGGCUCAUGCUCACCGAAGCCACGUGUAUCUCGCUCGAGGCGCACGGGUACCCCGACACUCCGGGGAUCUACACGGACGCGCAGAUCGCGGCGUGGAAGCCGGUGAUCAAGGCGGUGCACGACAAGGGCGCGCGCUUCUACUGCCAGCUGUGGCACGUCGGCCGCGCGUCGCACCAAGAGUACCAGCCUGAUGGCGCCGCGCCGUUGGCUCCGUCCGCCAUUCCCAUCCGUAGCGAGGACAAAGUGUACAUCAGCACUGGCGCCGCGGACUACCCGACGCCCAGGGCCAUGACCGCCGAAGACAUUAAGAAGGUAGGGAGCUGCCGCGCGGCUACGAGCACCACGGGUGGUUCCUUCCAGGUGACGGAGCAGUUCCGCGUGGCGGCGCGCAACGCGAUUGACGCGGGGUUCGACGGCAGCGGAGAUGCUGGGGACUACCUCCAAUUGGACGGCAGCAACAAGCGUGCGGACGAGUUUGGCGGCUCCCUGGAGAACAGGCUUCGCUUCCCCCUGCAGGUGGGUAUGGCUGCUGUGACUUCAAGGGGGACGAGGCGACUCAAAAGUCAUCCGGUCCCCUCUCCACCCCCCACCACUCCCCAGGUGAUCAAGGCAGUGGCGGAUGAGGUGGGCGCCAGCAAGGUGAUCAAGGCAGUGGCGGACGAGGUGGGCGCCAGCAGGGUGGGCGUGCGCCUGUCGCCGUACAGCACCUUCCUGGAUGCUACCGACUCCGACCCCGUCGCCACGUACGUGGGCAUGGUGGAGGCCGUCAACGGCAUGGGCCUGGCCUAUGUGCACUUCAUCGACGCCCGUGUGCGAGGCAACGACGACAUAGAGACUGUGAAGGAGACUCUGGAGCCAUUCCGCAAGGCAUUCAAGGGGCCCUUCAUUGCUGCAGGCGGCUACAAGAGGGAGAGUGGCAUGGCAGCGAUUGAGAGCGGUGCGGCGGAUCUGAUCACGUACGGCCGUCUCUUCCUCGCCAACCCCGACCUGCCGAGGCGCUUUGAGCUCAACGCACCGCUCAACCCGUACGACCGAAGCACCUUCUUCAUCCCGGACCAGGUCAAGGGCUACAUUGACUACCCUUUCCUGGAUGAGGAGCCUAAGAAGGCAGAAUAG